UUAUCGUCACCACCAGUCACAACUCGCGGCGCACGCGUGCCAUAGCCAUAGGAAAAGGGAUCUCCACUCCACUAAUCCGGCGAGCGAGGAAUCGAGGAGCGGAGGGCGGGCGGCCGAGAUGGGGAAGAAUCAGGCGUACAAGGCGAUGCAGAGGUCGCGGCUGGGGUCCUCCUCCGGCGCCCCCGGCGAAGGGGAGGAAGACGGCAUGACGGACGGUUCAUUUCAUUCUCCAGAGUGGCACGCGGCGCGCUUGGCCAGCCUCAACAAGACCCACACCCUCACCUGGGAGGAGUUCAAGAAGAAGCAGAAGGACGAGGAGCUAAAGAGAGGUGAGGUGGAGGCUGACAAAGAUAAAAUGAUGAGAGAGUAUAGAGCUCAACUGGAUGCUGAAAGGGCCCAAAAACUAGGUCGUGGAAGAGACGUUGUGAAGUCAAAAUCAUCAUCCAAGAAAGAAAAGAAGGAUAAGGAUGGAAAGAAACGGAGUAAAAAGAGGAGGAAGCACAGAAGUUCGUCGGAAAGUUCCGACUCGUCAUCAGAAUCAUCAAGCAGCGAUGACGAAGACAGGAGUUCAAGGAAGUCCAGAUCCCGGUCAAGGUCAAAGAGAAAUAAGAAGGAUAAGAAGCAUAGGUCAAGAUCCAAGCACGCUGGCAGUGACAGCGAGGAGGAGGAAGGCCCCGUUCGUCUCUCGAAAUUCUUUGGAAAUGCAAAGAACUAGAUGCUAUACAUCGAUACACCCAAAACCGAUCGGCUAGCUCCUGAAGUCGCUCAUCAUUUUAAAUUGCCUAUUGGUGGGUGUUGGUUGUAUUCUAUUCAGAUUACUAUCUGAAGGCUGUCGGAAACUAUUUCAUUUAUGUUUAUCAAGAGAACGCUUGGUAAUUUGAGGUUAGGUGUUAAAUCGCUAUAUGGAAUCCUGCAACUUGUAAGAAAUAUCAACUCAUUGUUGUACUUGAGAGAUAGUGACAGUUAUUUGAUU